AUGCGACCACAGGAGUUGAGUGACUUUAGGGUUAACAGGCUCAAGUCCAAGUUAAGUCGUGCGGACAUUCAUGGCAAUGUCCAGCCACAUGCCAGAGACGAGUUGAAGGGCAAGCGCAUUCUUCUGCUUCAUGAACUCCUGCAGAACAUGAAUUUCCCGGACAGGUCUCUCACCGAUGAUAUGCAACACGGCUUUCGCAUCACAGGAUGGUUGCAGGACACCCACACUAGGCCCACUAAGGUUUUAGUGCCUUCCCUCACCUCAGAAGAUCUGUGGUCGGCCAGGCGUGACAACAACCGCAGAAUGUGGGGCAUGUGCAGGCCGUCAGGAGAUGACGCCCUAGACAAGGCCUUGUGGCAGCAGACGGUGAAGGAGUGCGAGUCAGGGUGGGCCACCUGGCACUUAGGUCUGACGCAACCUCCUGAAAACUCAGUGCUGUCCAGGAGAUUUGCAGUACAACAACAGGAUAAAGUCAGGCCCAUAGAUGACUUUUCCGUCUCGCAAGUCAAUCACACACUGGGUUGCGUCGAAAAGAUCAUGGUCAUGCCGUCUUCGGCAACAGUGUCGUUGGCACUGGCUUUGCAAAGGGGCCUCACAGCCCAAAAUGACGUCAGCCAAUCCAGUGGAGCUGUUGCACUUUCAGGAAAAACAUUUGACCUCAAGAGUGCAUACAAACAGCUUCCCAUACAUUCUCAGGACCUAAAGUUUGCGCAGGCCACAGUUUGGAACCCAGAGGCCAAACGGCCGACCGUCGUCUUGCUCAAAGCCUUGCACUAUGUCUUGGUCCCAAUCACGGUGUUCUUUGAUGACUACACCUCAGUGGUUUCUGAUUUAGACAGCAGCAGUUCUGAGGCAGCAUUCGUGCUUCUGAUGAGAAUUCUAGGAUGGAAGGUUGCAGCUGAUAAAGGCCAGCCUUAUGCUUGCCUUUUCCAGAGCCUUGGGAUCAGCUUUCUGCUUCCUAGGUCUGCGACCGAUCCUGUACAAGUUAGCAACACAGAGCACAGGAGGAAAGAACUUGCAGCUGUGUGUUUGAGACUCCUCAGGUCUGGCAGAGCAAGUCCGCACGAGUGCUCAGUCUUCGCAGGCCGACUCAGGUGGAUGGAAGGGCAAACCUUCGACAGGCUGGGAAGAAAGUUCUUCCGCGCCAUACUGGCGUCAGGAGAUCCUCCAAGUGAUAGCAAGCCGCGCGUCAUGGAUCCCUCGCUGCGUCAGGCGUUUGAGUGGAUCCAUCACAAUGGUGCAUGGCAGGAGUUCUCUGCCGAGGCAACGGUAGACCGUGGCAGUUCUGGCGAGCCAAAGCGUGGCAUCAUUGCGGCACAAGCCUAUCCUCGGAGCAACAUGCUCAUAGUCCAGGCCUGCCUGGCUGCUGAGGUCGACUAUGGUCUCAGCUUGUGGAUUGCAAGGGACUGCUGGUACGCCCAGGAUGGCAUCUUGCACAACAGGAAAGUGGAGGCCCCUCUUUGGGACUUAGGCAUCGGAUCUCGACACAGUGACAUGAGAAGGGCCAUCAGGAUUGACAUAGAUGCUGGUUCAGACUUCAUUUCAGGCUUUGUGGAGCUAACUGUUCAGGAGCCAAAGCAAAGCAGGGCCGCGAGGAGAAAACGCCUCAUGUUACCGGUGGUGGCCCCUCUCAUGGGCAUAGGAGACAGGCCGUGGGGCUCGGCGUGGCAAGCUGCACGCAAGCAUUGGAAGCUUGGACAUACAGGCAACAUUGACCUCGCAGCUGAUGGGAAGUUCAUCAGAUCCUGGCAGUGCAUCUUCUACCAGCAGUGUGAGUACGCCCUUGUGCAGAACCCGUCUUCAGGCAUGCACCAUGUGCUCAAACAGGGCAGAGACAGGCUGACCGUUUUGUCCCCGCAGCAGCUCGUGUCCUGCGCUGAGAACCCCGACCACUGCGGCGGCACUGGCGGCUGCGAUGGCUCUACAUCCGAGCUUGCCAUGGACUACAUCAUCGACCACGGUCUCACCUACGAGGAGGUGAUUCCUUACGGCUCCUUUUUCGGUGCGCCUGUCGCAUGCGACACAGCCAUGCAGUACCAUGCCAUGUCCUACAAGAUGGUGUCUAUCACCGGCUGGGUCAAGACGACCACCAACUCCCUCUCUGAUGUCAUGCACGCCAUCGUGAACUAUGGGCCCCUUGCCAUCUCGGUUGAUGCCUCCCACUGGAGCCCUUACAGCUCGGGCAUUGCCAACCCGUGCGACAUCGACGGCAACGUGGACAUUGAUCACGCUGUCGGCCUUGUGGGCUACGGCGUGGACGGCGGCAAGAAGUACUGGACUGUCAGGAACUCCUGGGGCGCGACUUGGGGAGAGAACGGCUACAUCCGCCUGGAAAGGCAGGACGAUGAGAGCUACUGCGGCACGGACCACACGCCGCACCAUGGCAGCGCCUGCGAGGCCGAGCCGGACACGCCCGUGACGGUGUGCGGCACCUGCGGCAUCCUUUACGAUGUGAGCUACCCCACUGGGGCCGAGGUCAUGGGUGUUGGAUCCGGCGACGUGGACCGCUGA